CCUCCCUGACCUGACCUGGCUGGUCCCACUGGGUGAUGGGCCUGGCCAGCCGGUCGACUCCCUGCCUUGGGGGGGAGGGGCUGUCGCCACUGUGAGCCCCUCCCCAGCCAGCCCCAGGCCCUGGGGACCACAGCGGUGCCGGUGGCCCACAUUUGACCCAGGAGCUGGAGUCUGCGGCAGGGCGGGGAGGGCCCUGUCCCUCCCCCACCCCCGCCCUGCCUCCCCCCGCUGGCAUGGUGCAGGCAGAGUACCAGGAGCCCCCCCACCCCAGUCCCAGCGCUGUGUACACCCUGGGGUGGGGACGGGGUCCCCAGCGCCUCAGAAAGCUGGGCUGCCGCGGCCCCCACGCGCCAGGUGGGCUCCAGCCCCUCCCGGCAGCUGAGGCCCAGGCGUGCUCCUGGGGGAUUUUCCCGGCCAGGGCCAGGACUCAGCCUUGGGUGCAGAAGUCUGUCCCUUGCAGCACCGGGGAGGGGCUCCGGCCGGCCUAGUCAGCAGGGCCAGGGGGCAUCAGCGUCUGUGGAGGUGGCCGAGGCUGGGCCCAAGGACCGGCAGCGGGCACCGCAGUGGCCCCGGCAAGGGGCUUUGGCUCAUCCUGCACCUGUCAUAGACCAACAUGAGCGCACAUCAUUCCAGCUGUGGGCACCAGAGGGCAGCACACCCAGGACCACAACCCGGCUCUCCUGCCCAUCCUGGGGCAGGCAGAGCCCAGGGGACAGCCGAGCCUCUCUGGGCCUGCCCCCUGCCCAGGGCUGGGGGCCCAGGCCCCGGGGGUCAGGACAGCGCGGUUCGGGUUCCGCAGGUGCCGCCGCUGCCGCCAUGGAACAAGCGCCCAGGGCUGAGGCCGAGGCCCGCUGUGCCCCAGGGCAGAAGCCCCGAAAGGCCAAGUGAGCUGGAGCCGCCAGCCUGGGCACUACUUUUAAGAUGACCCGCACAGACCCGCCGGACCUGCUAGUGUCCACCGUGUACCAAGACAUCAAAGUGGCGGCCCCGGGGCCCGCGUCCAGGCGCCAGCCAUGUGAGCGCCCCGAAGCCCGGCCCGCCGCGCCCUUCAGCAAGCGCCACUGCCGCAGCUUUGACUUCCUGGAGGCGCUGGACGGGCCCGCCAUGGAGGCCCGCGCGGAGCCGGAGCCGGAGCCGCCGCGUGCCCGGCCCCGGGACGGCGAGCACCGGCGGCGCGCCCGCUCCAAGAGCGCCCCCCGCGCGCCCCCGGGCUUGGCGCCCGCGCCGGCUUCGCCGCCCGUGCUGCCGCGCCGAGGCCGGGAGACGCAGCGCGCGGCGCGGGCGGACGGGUCGCCGCGCCGGGAGCCCGCUUACCCCGCGCUGCGCGCCCUGGCCAACGAGCUGCACCCCAUCAAGCUGCAACCCCAGCGCGGCGGCCCCGGUCGCAUCGCGCCCCUGUGCGCCGCCCCAGGCCGCUGCGCGCCGCCCGAGCCGCCCGCGGGGCCGGCCCCGCACGUCCGCUGCCGCCUGGACAUCAAGCCGGACGACGCGGCGCUACAGCACGCCGCCCGAGGCACCCGGCCCUGGGCCCCCGCCGCCGCCCCGCCCUGGGCCCGCGCCGCCGCCCCGCCCGCCCACGGCCUCACGGUCCCCGGGCCCCGCCAUGUGGCGCUGUCGCGCACACCCACCCCCAGUGACUCGUACUGCGCGGACCCCCGGGCGCUGUACUGCGACGGGCCCGCGCCCCGAGACCCCGCCGAGCGCCGCGGCCUGCACUUCGCCGCGCCGCCGGGGCCCACGCGGUUCUUCUACACCGAGGAGCCGGAGGGGUACGCGGGCGGCUUCGCGGCCAGCCCCGGCCCCCCCUUCGACGGCUAUUGCCCCCAGCCCUACGCGUCCGAGGAGCCCCCGGGGCCCAGCCCGAGGUGUGGGCCCGGCUACUACGCCGGCGAGGCGCGCACCUUCCCGAUCCAGGCCCCGCCCGCCCGCUCCUACCUCGCCGAGGCGCCGCGAGCCUACGGCCCCUGCUACGCCCCCGACGAGCCCCGGGCCCGCCUCGCCGCCCGCGCCUUCUACACCGCGGACUUCGGGCGCUCCCGCGAGCGCGACGCCCUGACCCGGACCUACCCGCACCCGCGCAGCAGCCCCGCCUGGGCCGACUGGGGCCCGCGGCCGUACCGCACGCUGCAGGUGGCGCCGCCGCCCGACCCCGGCCCGCUGCUGGCCUCGUGGCACGCCGGCACCGGCACCAGCCCGCCCCGGCUGGUCACCGACAGCCGCCACCACUCGCGCUCCUGGGACAACAUCCUGGCGCCGGCGCCGCGCCGGGAGGACCCCCUGGGCCGCGGCCGCAGCUACGAGAACCUGCUGGCGCGCGGAGGCCGGGGCGCGUCGCCCGAGGGCCGGCGGCCGCCAGUGGUCGUGAACCUGUCCACGUCGCCCCGGCGCUACGCGGCGCUGUCGCUGUCCGAGACGUCGCUGACGGAGAAGGGCCGCGCGGGCGAGGGGCCGGGCCGGAACUGGUACGUGACCCCCGAGAUCACCAUCACCGACAACGACCUGCGCGCCGCCGACCUCCCGGGCGCCAGGGGCUGGGGCCCGCCGGGGGCGCGCCCGCAGCCACCCGCGCCCGCCGCCGCGCCCGCCCCGGGCCGCCAGCGCAGCCUGGAGCAGCUGGACGAGCUCAUCACCGACCUGGUCAUCGACUCGAGGCCGGAGCCCGCGCCCGAGGGCCUGGGCCGCCCGCCGCGCCGCCUGCCGGACGCGCGCCCCGCCGCGCCCGCGCGCUCGCCGCCCGCCUCCGCCGGCAGCGCCGAGGAGCCCGCGGCCGCGUCCCCGGAGCCCAGCGCGGACGAGGACGACCUGAUGACCUGCUCGAACGCGCGCUGCCGGCGCACCGAGACCAUGUUCAACGCCUGCCUCUACUUCAAGUCCUGCCACAGCUGCUACACCUACUACUGCUCCCGCCUGUGCCGCCGCGAGGACUGGGACGCGCACAAGGCGCGCUGCGUGUACGGCCGCGUGGGCAGCGUGUGCCGCCACGUGCUGCAGUUCUGCCGCGACAGCGGGCCGGUGCACCGCGCCUUCUCCCGCAUCGCGCGCGUCGGCUUCCUGUCGCGCGGCCGCGGCGUGCUCUUCCUCGGCUUCCCCAGCCCCGGCUCGGCCGACAACUUCCUGCGCUUCGGCCUCGAGGGGCUGCUGCUGUCGCCCACCUACCUGUCGCUGCGCGAGCUGGCCACGCACGCGGCGCCGCUGGGCAGCUACGCGCGCGAGCUGGCGGCCGCCGGGCGCCUCUACGAGCCGGCCGAGUGCUUCCUGCUCAGCGUGUCCGUGGCCGUGGGCCCCGGCGCCGCCAGCCCGGCCCGGCCCGCGCCCGCGCCGCGCAGCCCCGGGCCCACGGUGCGCAAGUUCGCCAAGGUGGCGCUGGCGGCCGGCAGCCCCACGCGCCCGCCGCCGGCGCGGGGCCGCGAGCCCGACAUGGAGACGCUGAUCCUGACGCCGCCGCCCGGCACCGCGGGCCUGGACCAGGACGGCGAGGCGGGGCGGCGCGCGCGCGAGGUGGCCUUCGUGCACAUCCAGCGCGAGCUGCGGCUGCGCGGCGUCUUCCUGCGCCACGAGUUCCCGCGCGUGUACGAGCAGCUGUGCGAGUUCGUGGAGGACAACCGGCGCUUCACGCCCACCACCAUCUACCCCACCGACCGGCGCACCGGCCGCCCCUUCAUGUGCAUGAUCAUGGCCGCCUCCGAGCCGCGCGCGCUCGACUGGGUGGCCAGCGCCAACCUGCUGGACGACCUCAUGUGACCGCGCCGUCCUCGGCCUGGUGCUCCCCGCCGGGCGGGGCGGGCCCGAGGACACGGCG